UAUCUUCUGGAUCCUGGACUCCUUUGUCUCAGCAGAGAUUCCAACGGGUGUUUAUGUUGACGUGUGCGCACAUUUGUGUGGAUGUAUGUGUGUGUGUGUGUGCGUUCACGCGCGCGUCUAUGUGUUGUGUUGUGAAUUUAAGAUGCUAGCACAGCUUCCAGCUCCAAUCCAGACCCUUCCCUGAUGCCCAAGUGACACACGAGUGGAGGCUCCCAAUAGUUUGGCGCGCCAUCAGCGUUAAUUGGGCGACCGUGUUUACAUAAUCCUUUACUGUGAUUCAAUUAUGUAAUGCAUCAAUCAACCCUAACAACCAAUUCAUUAUAGCACAGACACACACACACAUACACAGCCGAGCACGUGCGCCCAGCUCGGUUUCGAUCUCUUUAGAUUUUAGCCGUUUGUUCUCGGGAAUCGAGGGUUGAACAAGUGAACUGGCAAGUGUUUGUGGAUGGAUUCCACAUAAGCAGCAGCUUCCUUCUGUGAGCUGUUUCGAUAAAUAAAAUAUUGUCCCCUCCAUGUACUGCCGUACUUACUUUGAAGGUCUACCUAGACUAGAACACGCGUGGCUGUGUGCGUACCCGUGCCCGUGUAUGUGAGUGUGCUCGUUUUCUUUGUGUGAAAGUCACGUCCGAGCGGGCUGUUCUUUAUGUCGUUGCCCCCUAUGAAUCAAUCUCGCACAAUCAAUGGCCUUUCAUAGCUUUAGCGCUCUAGUACAUGAAGCAAUUACUCUACAGACGUAGAGAACGUAUCUGCCGAAUGCGCUAAACAAGCCAUGUACUAACGUUCCACAGCUGCAGCAACUGUCUGUAUGGCUGGCCUUGCCUACACCGUAAAGGCUUUGUAGCUGGAAGAAGAUGCAGCUGCUCGGGCUCUAGUACGAUUCUCACCUAUGACAGCCAACACGUGCCAAUAGAGAAGGUGUGUGCACGCGCGUGUGUGUGCGUGUUCAAGUGUGUGUGUGUGAGGUUGAUACACGGUCGGAGCCUAAUUGUUUGACGUUUGGCGGAAGUAAAACCUACCAAAAAAGGAUUGUACGCUACACGCGCUGGUGGCCGAGCUGAGAGUUGAGCAGCAGCAGCAGCAGGGAAGCAUUAGGGCACCGUUAAUCAACUGUCACAAACAUGUGGCAAAUUUUGAUUAUCUGCUUCUUACACUCAGUACAAAAUAACAAUGCAUUGCGAAGCGUACAUCAGAAAUCGAUGGCGGCGGGCCGUCUGGAGAAUGUAACACAGACAAUAUCACGUAUACUGGAGGGCUAUGACAUACGGCUAAGACCAAACUUUGGAGGAGAACCAUUGCACGUGGGCAUGGACCUGACGAUAGCGAGCUUCGAUGCAAUCUCGGAAGUGAAUAUGGAUUACACUAUCACUAUGUACCUAAAUCAAUACUGGAAGGAUGAGCGGCUCGCGUUUAACGCGUUCGCCCUCUGGGGAGACAAUCAGAAGGAUCAAACGGGAGAAAUCAUGAUAGAGGACGACGGUGCGAACGACGUGAUUACGCUGUCGGGGGACUUUGCCGAAAAGAUUUGGGUACCGGAUACGUUCUUCGCCAACGAUAAGAACAGCUUCCUGCACGACGUAACCGAGCGCAACAAGCUCGUCCGACUGGCCGGCGACGGUGCGGUAACGUACGGGAUGCGGUUCACCACGACGCUUGCCUGCAUGAUGGACCUUCACUACUAUCCGCUCGAUUCGCAAAACUGCACGGUAGAAAUUGAGAGCUAUGGCUAUACCGUUUCGGAUGUGGUGAUGUACUGGCGGUCCACGCCUAUCCGGGGUGUGGAGGAAGCGGAACUGCCACAGUUCACCAUUAUCGGUUACGAGACGAACGAUCGGAAGGAAAAGCUAGCGACCGGCGUCUACCAACGGUUGUCACUGUCCUUCAAGCUGCAGCGCAACAUCGGCUACUUCGUGUUCCAGACGUAUCUGCCCAGCAUACUGAUCGUGAUGCUAUCGUGGGUAUCGUUCUGGAUCAAUCACGAGGCUACGUCGGCCCGCGUUGCCCUCGGCAUCACGACCGUGCUGACGAUGACGACCAUCAGUACGGGCGUGCGCAGCUCGCUGCCCCGCAUUUCCUACGUGAAAGCGAUCGACAUCUAUCUGGUGAUGUGUUUCGUGUUUGUGUUUGCCGCACUGCUAGAGUAUGCCGCCGUCAACUACACGUACUGGGGUGCCCGGGCAAAGAAGAAGUGCAAAAAGAACAAGGAAGCCGAGCGGAAGGUGUUUGGAAAAACGGAGAAGACCUCAACCUGCUCGGCGGACGAUAUUAUCGAGCUGCAGGACAUCCGCAUGAGCCCGAUCGCAUCGCUGCGCAACCGUCAUUACUCGAACACGAUCACCACUACGGACAGUGUUGAUUCGACCAAGUUUCCGCCAAGCUUCCGCAUUGCCAGAUCGUACGGAUCGAGUACCCGCAGUGGUCUUCGGUAUCGCAACUCGCGAGGUCAGGGUAGGCCGAAGAUGUUGCACGCGAUCAAACGGGGUGCCUCCGUCAUCAAGGCGUCCAUACCGAAGAUCAAGGAUGUGAACGUGAUCGACAAGUACUCGCGGGUCAUCUUUCCUGUGAGCUUUGCUGCCUUCAAUGCCGGCUACUGGAUAUUCUACGUGCUCGAGUGACCCACAGUCAACUAAGAGCGCAGCACGCCCCAUACUAGAAGCCGUAGUAGACCACGCUUCUGUAGGACACAUACAUCCCGCCAACGCUCCAGACAAAUGUUCUAAACUUGCACGCUGGAGAGAUGAGUAUGCCUGAUAACAAAAAAGGCUACACAGAGAUUGAGAAAGAGCGAGAGAGAGAGAGAGAGAGAGAGAGAGCGAAAGAGAGAUAAAGAAUUCUAUUAGCUGUGCAAGAACAUGGUAAAAGGAACAGACAGAUAAGUCUCCCUAGUCUUGUUUCUCCCUCAUCCUCAUCUUUUACCCCGAAUUGCAUCUGGUUCGAUCGAUCAAGCUCAAAAUAAAAUUAUUCAAAGUGCAGCGAAGAAAGAAAACGGCGAAGAAACCACCCCCCUACCCCCUUGUUACCUAUCAUUUCACAUGUUAGUAGGAGAUCAGAUUAGAUGAAAACAUUAUACGACAAAGGAGUAAAACACACAAAAAAAAAAACGAUUUAGGCAAAAUUAAGGCUUCACGAAUUUGUAAAAAAAAACAACAACCAACAACAAAAGCUAAUCAAAGAUAAUCAAAGAUGCAGUCAUAUUAUUUUUCCACAAAAGUCACUCAAACACACAAAGACACACACAAAAGUAAUGCUAAUUACAUGAGAGAAAAAAACAUCAAAA